AUGUGGAGCACAUUCCGCAAUCUAAAGAACAACAUCUCGGCGAUCGCGUCGGACGUGCUUGACACCGCGGAGGAGCUAGACCCUGGCCUUUUCGGCAGUGGGCCCGGCUCGCCGUCUCACCACUCGUCUUCGGAUUCCUACUCCGAAGGUUCCUCUGCUGACUCUACCCCGGAGAGGCACGGCAAAGCGGGUCCCGAGGACUCACACCGUGCCAAUCCGAGUAGUCACAUUCAAAGUAGUCACAUUGGAGGCCCGAACCAGGUUCCACAUGGAAUCUCUCCUCUGCAGCACCCUACUCAACCACCACCCACCACUGCCGGAAACGCGCCCUACUCUGCGGGAAACGCACCUGCGGGAGGAAAGGGAAACCCCUUUGGCGCGCCCCUGUUUCAAGCCAGCUCUGGAGGAGUGAAAGGACAACCGCAGGAGCCGCAUCGGCAGCAGCAGCAGCAGCAGCAGCAGCAGCAGGAGGAGGAGUUGAAACAGUCGCACCCACAACAACCCCCACAACCGAGACCUGCUGCAUCUGCUGCUGGCCGUCCCCCACACGGACCUCCCCCACACGGACCUCCCCCACACGGACCUCCCCCACACGGACCUCCCCCACACGGACCUCCCCCCCACGGACCUCCCCCACACGGACCUCCCUCCCACGGACCUCCCCCACAUGGGCCUCCGCCAAAUGGCCCUCCGCCUAUCAGACCUGCCCGCAAUUCACCUCCCCCGGUGGGACCUCCCCCAUUUGGACCUCCCUCUCAUGGCUCUCCAUCGUCUGCCCCUCUCCCAGUCAAGCCUGCCCCAGGUGCAGAGCAGGAAAGGUGGCUGGCGGGGGAGAGAGGGGGAGAGGUGGUGAGGUUAAGGGAGGAGAAGCAGAGGCUGGAAGGGGAGUUGAGAGUGGUGAGGGGUGAGAUGGAGAGAGAAAGGGAAGCUGCGAGGAAGCUGGCGCAGCAGAUGACAGGUGGUCGAUAUGGGUGGGAGUCAGCUGUGCAGGAGUGCAGUAUUCUCAAAGCCGAGAGGCAGCAAUUGUUCAACGACUUGGCAGAGGCACAUGAGAAGAUGAAAGAGGAGGCAGCAGCGCGGCAGCAGGCGGAGGGGGCGCUGAGGCAGGUGGAGGCUCAACUGGCGCAGGCAGUAGCUGCUGCUGACGCCUCCAAAGCCUCGUGGCAGGCCGAACUGCAGCAGCUCUCGCGCCAGCUCGCCGAGGCUCGGGCUGCCGAAGCUGGGGCUCAGCUUCGGGCUGCCUCUGCUGCUGCCCCGGCGGCUGCGGCCGCAGCUCAGACAGAAGAGCUAUCCCAAUUAAAGGCGAAACUUCAGGCAGCAGAGCAAGCCCUCUCCUCCCAGCACGCCUCCUUCCAGACCUCCCUCCAACAGCUCAGGGAAGAGUGUGACCGUCAGGUGAAAGCAGCAGAGGCCCAGGUGAAAACAGCAGAGGCCCAGGCGAAAGAAGCAGAGAGCCAGGCGAAAGCAGCAGAGGCGAGGAGGAAAGAAGCGGAGGAAGCAGCAGAAGCGAAGGCGACAGCUGCAGUGGUGGCAAUGGAAGAGCAGGCAGUGAGAAGGAUAGCAGUGGCAGUGAGAGCUGCAGAGAGGGAGGCAGAGGAGAGGAGAGCAGAAGCAGAGAAGGAAGCAGAGGCGAGGAGAAGGGAGGUGGAGGAGGCAGCAGUGGCGCAAAGAGGGGAGUUAGAGGGGGUGUUGAAUGCGAUGAAGGGCGAGAGGGACAAGGCAAAACGAGAACUAGCGAGGCUGAAACAGCACCUUCUGGAGCUGGAAAAUGCCGAGUCAGCCAAGGUGGAGCAAGAAACCGACCAAAUCAAAUCCCUCGAGGCCCAGCUACAGGACAAAUCCCGCGAGCUGGCAGCCCUGCAGUCUGCUUUAGCAGACGCACGCGCCGCAACAGAAACUGCCAGGAAAGAGGCCGAGAGCCGAGCAAAGGAGGUGGAGGAGGAGGGAGAGCGGAGGGAGAGGGAGAGGGAGGAGGCAGAGAGGGAGAGGCAGGUGCUUCGGGCCGAACUUGAGGCUCGGGAUCAGGAGUUGAACAACCUGCAGGCAGCUCUGGGGCAGUUCUACGCCGAAGCUGAGGCUCAGAACCGGCUGGCAGCAGAGCUGGCGGCAGCACGGGACGACAACACCAAGCUAGCUGAGCAGCUGCAGUUGGUGAAGGACCUUGCCAGCAGGAGGGCGGAGGAGGUAGCAGCAGCAGAGGCGAGAGCAGCAGAGGCAGAGAGGGGGAGGGCAGCAGCGGUGGUGGGGGAGCAGAGGGCAGGGAACGAGCUGUCUAAAGUCCGCCAGGCUCUGGAGCAGUGCAUGGUGCGGCUCAACAGAAUGUCUUCUGACUCCGACUUCACUGUAGACAGGAGAAUCGUGAUCAAGUUGCUGGUGACUUACUUUCAGCGCAAGCACAGCAAGGAGGUGCUUGACCUCAUGGCUCGCAUCCUUGGAUUCUCAGAGGAGGAUAAGCAGCGGGUGGGGUUGGCAGCAGCGGGGCACAUGGGGAUGGGAGGAGGAGCAGCAGGGGGGGUGAGGGGCGUGUUUGGGCUGCCGGGGAGGCUGGUGGGGGGACUGUUUGGAGGCGGGGCGAGCGUGGGAGGAGUGGGAGGGAGCACUGGCGCCCUGGCAAGCAUUGCAGACGACAGCACAACCUUCACGGACCUCUGGAUCGACUUUCUCCUCAAGGAGUCUGAAUCAAGGGAUCGUGGAGAGAUGCCGUCCGACCCCUCCCCGCCCCGCUUCCCCGGCUACCCCUCCUUUUCCGCCGCUCCGGGCAGCCCGCCGAAAUAUUUUCAGCCCGUGUCGCCCCGGGCUUCUGGAGGCGGGCUGGGCGGCGGGGCAGGCGGAUAUGUUUUGUCUCCGAAUGCGGGCAGGUGGAGAAGCAGCACAAGCCCUCAGAUGGAGUCGUCCCAGGCUGUAGCGCAAUAUGUGGCAUCUCCCGUUGUAGCAGCACCAGCACCGGCUGUAGCGGCUAUAUCCCCGGCUGUAGCGCUGGGGUUUUCUGCAGCGGGGAUGCAGCAGCAGGCAGGAGAGAGCUACAGCUACCGAAUGUCAGACCACAACCCAGUUGGGCUUGCUGGGACGGCGUCGGCGGCUGUAGCAGCGUCUGCUACAGCUGCUGCUGCGUCUGUGGGAGCAAGAGCAGGGGCAGAUGGAGGAGCAGCGGGAGCAGUAGGAGGGGUGGGGGGCGGAGGAGGAGGGGAGCUGCCAUUUAUUGCAGCAGCAGCCCAGACCCAUAGGGAUCCGAUGCACAGCCUCCCAUCCCCUUACCUGCCUGGCAUCCCUGUUCUCGGCACUGGUAUGGCCGGCGCACAUGGAAUGGGCAGCACAGGAGGAUUUUUAGGUGCCGGCACAGGUGCUUCAGGUGGUUUCUCAGGUGGUUCGGUCUCUGCAGGGAUGAUGGGUGGAGGGUCAGCAGUGCCAGGCAUUUCAGGGGAGCUCUGGAGCGGGUCAGCAGGGGCAGGGGGAGGUAUAUCUGGGGCAGGUGGGAUUAUGGGCAGUGGACCAGGAGCAGUGGUGGGAAUGUCUCCAGGAAUAGGGUUACCACAGAGUGGAAGUGGUAACGGCAUGUUACAGGGGUAUACACCACCGAGCAUGCACAGGCAAGGGUCUGGUGGUAUGAGUGGUGGCAAUGCAUUGUUCAGUGCAAGUGGGGGAGGGAUGAUGGGGGUGGAUGGUGAUGUGGACUUAGAUGGUAACGGUAACGCGUCAGAGUUUUCGUCGGUGCCUUUGAAUAUGGGCCCGGGGCAGAAGGCCACUGCAGCAUUGUCGUCGCUGUCGGCUCGUAGUGGUCAAGUGGUGGUGAGUGCAGCUCGGAACUUGUUUGGGCAACAGGAGAGUGAGUCGGCGCUACAAUUGUAG